AUGGUUUCUGGAGUCGGCUCUGGCAAGCAGCCAGACAAACAAACCUCGGACGGACCUCCCAAGGAGCAAACUCGGUGCAAAGAUCUUCCAAGUAGCCCAGCUCAAAAACUAUCCCAUGGGAAAUCAAUCGAAUCAUCACAAGCUCUAGUUGGAUCUCCAAAGGUUUUGGGGGAGUCAUCAAAGCCUUCAUCCAGUGGAAAGCUCAGCUCUUUCAUGCAGCCAACUGCCGCUUCAGCGUCUAAAGCAAAGGCCAAUGCCGAUUCUUACUUGAACACUCUCGCCGCGGGAAUCACGCGUUCUCCUAUCGCUAGAAGGGGUAAACGUCCUACCAUUCCAGUCCAAGAAGACAAGGGCCUUCUAGAACCCGAGAAUCCAGCUCUAGCUGCCAUCAGAAAGCCAUGCGAAGAGUCAGGCAGCUCCAUCACAGGAAAUGAAGACCUUCAAACAACCAAAGAGGAGCAUCUUGGACCAACAGCCGAGGAGGCUCCAGCAAGUGAACGUCAACUUCGCCCAUCAAGCACUGAUAGCCUAUCCGGACUUGUUCCAGGUCGUGGACUCAAUAUUGGAUACCUGGUUACACCAACAGAAUUCUACAACCGACCAGCUUCGUCAAUUGCAAUUCACCUUCGAGACACCCCAGACGAGAAUUUAGACCCCGAAUUACUCGAGGACUUGAAGAGUAAAGUCCUGGAGUUGCAUAUGCAAAUCAGACGUGCAUACAGCGACAACGAGUCCUUCCAUAACUGGGAAAACUCUACUAACUACGACACGAUGACGACCGAUUCUCGUAUUGCGCAAGGUGAUCCUGAGGAACACUCAUCUGAACAAGGUAUCCACGCCGAAUUCGAAAGAUACCAGUCUGAACCAGACCCAGAACAUGAUAUCGUCAUCAUUGUUGGCCCAGACAAUAUCGGAUUCUCGUUCAACAGCGACGCUAUUUCUGGUCACUCGUACACUAUCAAAGACGUCAUUGAAGGGAUGGAUAUCCCAACUAAUGGCGAAGUUCGAGAGAUUGUCUUUCCAGAAAUGGACCCCUAUGGCUUCCUCUACGUCCUCGAAGCACUUUUCACUGGCAAUUUCCCUACCCCUGAAACGGAUGGCCGCAAGGCAGAGGCGUUGAUGUUGGAUGCCGCGUUGCAUUUGCAAAUGCCUCGCGUUGUUUCAGUUCUCCGUGCCAGUGUCAGCGAAAAGCUCAAGAACGAAACACUGGAUAUUGAAGUUGCACUCCGUUUUGCCAACUCUUUGUACAAGCACGGGAAUGCUAACGAUAUCCGUGACUUCUGGCACGAGGACGCUUUCGUUCGUCGCGCACUUCGUCAAACGAAUGUUGCCGAUCUCAUUGAGAGAAGCCCUGACCUUCUCGACGACCGAACCUGGAUGGUACCAGGUUUCAAACACGGGUUGGGUGACCUUUUGAACAGGACCCGCCUUCGUAUUUGA